UUUUUUGUUUAAAAAUAAUUAACAAUCUGUACACUAAACAUAUAAUCAUUAAAAAUCAAUUAAAAACCAAAUAUAAAUAACUAAUUAAAAAAAAGCAAUCAUUUAAAUCCUAUAAUUUUAAAAGUAUAAGGCAACAUAAUUAUUAACCAAAAAACCUUAUCUUAACAACUAAAAACUAUCUUUAUACUGAAUAUCCACACUAAACAAUCUCUCUCUAUACAAACGAAAGUUUUAUAUCUCUUUUAACUCUUAGGAAAAAAAAAACUCAAAGUGAUGAAAGACUUAAUGAAAAAUUCUUGUGAAAGUAGCACUACCUUGAAUGAAGUGUUUAGUGUUAAAGAUAAAAAAACCAAAGUCAAUUUAAAUAGUAUUUACAAGAAGAUAUUUAAAAUGAACAAAACAUAAAAUUAAAAGAAAAAAAUCAUGAAACGUGAGGAAUACGACCGUGAAAUGUAAAUGAAACACAGAGAUGAUUAUGGAGCUAUUCCUAUUCGUCGUACUCAUUAACAACAGCCUUAAGGUACUUCUUACUAUCUUUGUGGAGGUGUUUCUGUUGAAGUUGAAUCUAUGUAAACUGAAUAAUAACCAAAAAGUGAAGUACUUGCUAACGGCUCUCCUUCCAUGCUUAACUAGUUCAUGCAAGUCCUUGGUGUCGAGCUCUUUGAAGAGUAGGGAUUGGUUGAAGUUAAAAUCCAAAACACACAAAAAGGUCUAACCAACUUUAAAUUUUUGUCUGAUAUCUUGUCUGCUUCAUCCUCUGAAUAAAUGAAAACCUAUGGAAACGACAUUGAAAGCUAUUACAAUUUUAUUUAGAAUCUACUUCGCAAAAAGAAUAUGUGUGAACAAGUUGAAGGCUUCAAUAAAUUUUCUGAAAUAGUAAGCAACAAGUUUGACGAAUUUGAUAAAUUUUUAUAGAAGACUGUAUAGAAUGUAAAGAAAAACCAUAACAUUUUCACUUACAGAGUUUAUAAAUUUGACUUAUUUGAUUUUGAAUUCAAGAUGAAGUCUUACGGAUACUCAGAAGAUUUCAUAAAAACCCUAGGCUACAAUGGAGUUUAACAAUUUAAAGGCUAAAUCAUGCACUAAGGCCUUCCCGAGAUUUUUACCAUGGAAACAAGAUAGAAUGUUGCUAAAGCUCACAUGAAGCAAAUCUCUUAAAAAUAACACUAAUUAAACAAUAUCUAAUGCAAACUAGUCUCUUUAGACGGUAUUGAAAUAGACACCCACUUAGAUAUGAUGCUGAUUCCCUUCUAUGAUAGCAACACUCCUAUAUACAAUAACUUAUUCGAUUGUUCUGCAAUGAUAGAAAUAAGUACUUAUGAUAUUUCAAAGUCAGCUCUAAGAUAAGUUAUCAAUAUGCGUCGCGAAAUCAACUACGAUUUCAAUGAUGCUAUUAAGCAAGACAUAUACUAUGAACUAGAAAGUUAAUUGUUUGUAGAUAAAUUUUACAGCAACUCUCCUCUAAAAAUUAAAAAAUAAUAACCCCUAAACUCUUAAUAAAACUAAUAAUAAAAUUAAUAAGCAUAUGAAUUUGCAUAAACUUUAAAUAUAUCUCCUGCUAUGGUCAAAUAAUAAUCAUAAAACAACUGUGAAUCCUAUUGUAACUCUGCCAACGAAGACACUUCUGCUGACACUGGCUUUGAACUAUCUCAAAACACAAAUUUCAAAUAAACUAACAAAGUAUGCGGCUUUAGAUAUGUUACAUUACAAAACUGA